GCGGCGCUUUCCAGUCCUUUUUGAACCGCCCCUGGAGUCUUAACAGUCGUGAGAGCAGUUCUUCCAGAUCACUUGCAUCUCGCUCUCUGGCUCUGUUAAGGGUCUCCAAUCCGCUCUCGGAGCGGCUCAAAAAGUUUCCACCCCGUAGUUUAAGUUAGUUCUAAUUUCCAAGUGUACGAGUGAAGUCGCAGAAAUAAAGUGAAGUUGUUUUUAUAACGUUUAAACGAAAACUUGCCCGCGUUCUUAAUUCUACCCCAAACCCAAAAUCGAGAAGGAAGGAAGACCCGCCGUAUUUCACCCCAACAUUUUGAUCCAUCGACCGGAUUUUCAACAACUACCAGCGACCACACCGGCGGAGUUUUUUUUAAAGUUCAAGAUAAUAAAGCAUCGAUACCAUGGCUCCACGUCCUCGCAGCGCCCAAACUUUGGACGACAGACGAUCCCGAGGUACUCGAUCCUACCGCUGCCGAGUCUGUCGGGGAAUCCAUCCGCUACGGAAGUGCAGCCGUUUCCUCAGGCUCAGCACGGAGAAGCGGCUCCGCGCCGUUCUCAUAAAUAAAUAUUGUGCGAAUUGCCUGGCGCAUCAGCACUCCGGAGGGCAAUGUCGCAGUGGCGACGCAUGCAAAAAAUGCGGGAAGGAUCACCACACGCUGCUCCACCUGCACGAGAUGCCAAGGAGUCCUCGACGAACGCCCAUCCAGCCACGCCGCCAGUCGCCUUCCCCUCAACGCCGUCCAUCGCCCUUCGAGCAACGUCGCGCAUCGACCGUUCGCCUGUCGAGAUCAGUCUCCCGGUCUCCGUCACCACCAGCAAGGCAGGCACUGGUACGACGACCAGCUCCAGCGGCAACUCCAUCCGUAGCGGCUCUAGCGCAGCACCAGAGCCUCCACAUUCUCCCGACGGCCAUCGUGUUGCUGGAAUCUGGGACCACCACCUUCGAGACGGCCGCAUUGAUCGACCCGUGCACUCCCGUCAGCACCAUCGACAGCUCCCUGGCAACUGCCUUCAAGCUCCCCACGACGACAGUGGGGGGUGAGGAGGUCUGCUCGACGACGAUCCGGUCGAGAACGGGCGAUUUCCAGAUCGAGGUGCUCCUGAAGAUCAGCCCGAAGCUACGCAUCCGUACCCCGAUCCGCGCGCUGACUGAAGAUAUGCGAGCCCAGUUCAACGAUAUCCGUCUUGCCGAUGAGCAAUUCCAUCGCCCAGCAACAGUCUCGCUGGUGUUGGGCUCAGACGUAUACCCCGACGUCAUCCGGCCCGGGUUCCUAAAUAUACGAGAUGGGCUGCCCGUCGCACAGAGCACGGUAUUUGGAUGGGUCGUAUCUGGAGCAUGCAGAUACGCCUAA